AUGGGGAAAAGAAACAAUGUAACUGAAUUUGUUUUCUGGGGCCUUUCUCAAAACCUAGAGGUGGAAGAAGUUUGUUUCGUGGUGUUUUCUUUCUUCUACUCAGUCAUUCUCCUGGGAAACCUCCUCAUCAUGCUGACAGUUUACAAGGGCAACCUUUUCAAAUUUCCUAUGUAUUUCUUUCUCGGCUACCUCUCUUUUGUGGACAUUUGUUACUCUUCAGUCACUGCUCCUAAGAUGAUUGUCGACCUGUUAGCCAAGCGCAAAACUAUCUCUUACGAAGGGUGCAUGCUGCAAGUCUUCGGGGUACAUUUCUUUGGUUGCACGGAGAUCUUCAUCCUCACGGUAAUGGCCUAUGAUCGCUAUGUGGCUAUCUGUAAACCCCUACACUACAUGACUAUCAUGGGCCCGGACAGAUGCAAUAAAAUGCUGCUGGGGACCUGGGUAGGUGGGUUCCUACACUCCAUUAUCCAAGUGGCCCUGAUAGUCCCACUACCCUUUUGUGGACCCAAUGAGAUCGAUCACUACUUCUGUGAUGUCCACCCGGUGCUGAAACUUGCCUGCACAGAUACAUAUGUCGUUGGUGUUGUUGUGACAGCCAACAGUGGUACCAUUGCUCUGGGGAGCUUUGUUAUCUUGCUGAUCUCCUAUACUGUCAUCCUGGUGUCCCUGAGAAAACAGUCAACAGAUGGCAGGCGCAAAGCUCUCUCCACCUGUGGCUCCCACAUCGCUGUGGUCAUCAUCUUUUUUGGUCCCUGUACUUUCAUGUAUAUGCGCCCUGAUACUACCUUUUCAGAAGAUAAGAUGGUGGCUGUAUUUUAUACCAUUGUCACCCCCAUGUUAAAUCCACUGAUUUAUACGAUGAGAAAUGCAGAAGUAAAGAAUGCAAUGAAGAAACUAUGGGGCAGAAAGGUUUUCCGGGAAGCUAAUGAUAAAUAG